AUGGGCAACAUUGCCUCCAAGACCCGACUUUUCAUCGCAGCGAUACUCUCCCUCCGCAAGACAUAUGAUGAACUCGACAAGCGGAUUCAAGCGCCCCCCGGCAUCCCGGUUUCCAACCCAACCUUGCCGUUUUGGACAGUCCCUCCAACUACGAUUCCUUCGGGCGAUGGCGGGCUGCCGGAGCAUGCUGAUGUUGUCAUUAUUGGAUCUGGCAUUACUGGCGCGUCGGUUGCGUACAGCCUGCUGGAGAGGAAUAGCGGUGUGAAGGUGCUGAUGCUCGAGGCAAGGGAUGUGUGUUCAGGUGCUACCGGUCGGAAUGGCGGUCACAUCAAUCCGCCGCUGUAUCACGACUACAGCCAGCUGAAGGAGAAGUUUGGCGAAGAUGCAGCCAAGCAGACGAUUAGGUUCAGACUUGCACACUUGAAAGAAAUGAAACGAAUCGCGGACGAUGAGGACAUCCUGAAAGAAUCACAAUUCCGCGACACUGAGCAUCUCGACGUGUUCACCUGCCCAGACACCUACGCCAAGGCGAAGGAAAAUCUGGCAAAGUGGAAGACCGACAUGCCUGAGGAGGCUGGCAGCUUUGGCUUUUGUGAUAAGACCGAAGCCAUCGAGAGAUUCCGUCUAUCCGAUGAGACGGUUGGCUGCAUCUAUGGCGCAGGCGGUGCGAUCCAUCCGUACAGGUUCGUCACGUCCCUGCUGGCCAAACUCGUCAAGCGGUAUCCAGACAGCUUCCAGCUUGUGGUGCAUACACCAUGUACAGCGAUCGCUGCGCCGAGAAAUACCACUCCGUACUACACCGUGACCACACCUCGUGGCACGCUCACCGCCCCGCACGUCGUACACGCAACAAAUGGCUGGUGCUCACACCUCCUCGAGCCCAUGCGCGCAAAGAUCAUCCCCGCUCGUGGGGGAAUGUCCGCCCAGCGACCCGGUACGCUCCUGCACGGCUCGACGCUCACUGGCGGGCGCUCCUUCGUCUUCUACCGCGGCGGCACGGGCUAUGAUUACCUCACGCAGCUGCCCACAGGCGAGCACGAGCUCAUGUUCGGUGGCGGCUGGGCGCAGUCGUGCGAUGGCGGCCUGCCGGACAUCGCGAUCACGGACGAUGCAGUGGUCAACUUCCCCGUCGCGGCGCACCUCGCAGGCGCGCUUCCGCUCUACUUUGGUUUGGAAAACUGGGGCAGCGAGGUCGUCCCGUCGGGGGAGCAGGACGCGCGCUGGGGCACGGGGCGUACGAAGGCGACAUGGAGCGGCGUGCUAGGGAUCUCGACGGACGCGCUACCGUGGGUCGGCCGACUUCCCGCGAAGGUCUCUGGGCGCGCGGAGCCACCGCCGAACGCGAAGGAGCGCGCACAGGCUGGUCUGGCCGCGCCGGGGGAGUGGCUCGCGGCGGGGUACUCGGGCGAGGGCAUGGUGCACGCGUGGAUGAGCGGCAGGGCGGUCGCGCAGAUGUUGUUGGACCGCGAGGAGGAGGUGCGCGCGUGGUUCCCGGACAUUCUGCGGGUGACUGAGCAGCGCUGGAAGAGGGCCCGCGUCGACGAUCUCUUGGCGCGGUUCGUGUAG